AUGCAUAGUUCACACACCCUAGUCUCUGUAAGUCGCCUUGGAUAAAAGCGUCUGCUAAAUAAUAAUAAUAAUAAUAAUAAUAAUAAUAAUAAUAAUAAUAAUAAAUAAUCAAACAACUUAAAGAUCUUAUAACGUGCCUUAUGAUAUGGAGAGAUAAGAGAUUCACUUUUAAACUCCUUGGUUGGUACUCCUUUGAAAGGAGGGGGACAGUGUUGAUGUUUCAUUUUAAAACCUUCGUCAGCUCGCCUUCAAUGGAAAAGAAAGCUACCCUUACGAGAGCAAAAGCUGAAGUGAGAAACCACAAAAGAAAGGUCUAGCCGUCUUAUAUAUCAGAGAGCUUUCGACAGAGAGCGAUACAAACCCCCAGCUGAGACACCAGCGAGUUGAAAGUGAUAUUAUAUUGCUGCGCUUGUGUCUCCAUGCCUGAGCGAUGGGUCUCUCUCUGGCUGUGCACACACUCUUUCUGUGCUCCCUAAUGAUCCACGGCUCCUGGGCUUUCUUUCCUAACUUCUGGUCCAAGAUUAUGUCUCUAGCCUGGAAUUCACACACCCAUCAGAGCAUCACAGAGGAAGCCCUUCUCCUGAUCACCAGGGAUCUCUUUCAAGAAACCCCCAAUCUCCAAGGACGUACUCUUGAUCCACAGCUAUUCCAGGGCAGCUUCACAGCCAGUGAGCUCUUCAAAGCUUACUAUGGCAGUCAAGAGACAGUGUCUACAAAACAGUACCAGCAGGCCGUGAGUGAGAUUGUCCAGGCCAACGCAGCCAUGGACUUCCUGAGCUCCACACGCAGCGACCCGCAGCUGCACUUCGACUCGGAGAGGCUGAAAGAGGCCAGUGCCAUGCUGCAGAGCAUCCGGCACCUGGCAGUGCAGUCACUCCAGGCUGGGGAUGAGAGCGGGGCCCGUCAUAGACUGGGCUCCCUGCUGCACUCUCUACAGGAUUUUUACAGCCACAGUAACUGGGUGGAAAUGGGGUACAGAAAGAUCCACUCCACUCUUCUGGGAAACGCAGAGGAAAUUGGUCCAGUCGCGCCAGAGAACAUGCAGACCUGCAGAGACUGUGAUCACUGGACCUGCAACGACAACAUUCUGGAGAAAAUCAACAAGAAGAAACUACUGACCUCUGGUUACUAUAACAACGACCCCCCAAAACCACCAGGUAAAUGCAGUCACGGGGGGCUGUUUGACCAGAGCCGAUAUCAAAGUGCAAGGGGCGGGAUCAACAAGGACAGCACCUCCCUCUUGUUCUCGCCGCAUCACUAUCUCCAUGACGAAGCUGCCCACCUCGCUACCAUGGCGACUAUCAGUGUGCUGCAAGAUCUGCGGGACACUGUGGGAACCCAGGCCUUCUUAAGGCUGUUGAACGUGGGUGCGGAGACAGUGCUCAGCUUUGUGAUCGACACCACCGGCAGUAUGUUUGAUGAGAUCAGUGCGGCGCGAGAGAGAGCUUACUCAAUCAUCCUGGAAAGACGAGGAACGAUCCAUCAGCCUUCCCAGUAUGUGCUGGUCCCUUUCCAUGACCCAGAUGUGGGGCCGCUGUACAGAACCACAGACCCAGACCAGUUCAUAGACCUCCUGGGGAGCUUGAGUGCGCUAGGAGGAGGAGACGAGCCCGAGAUGUGCCUUACAGCACUACAGCUUGCGUUAGUGAACACCCCACCUCUCUCUGAAAUCUUUGUCUUCACUGAUGCCUCUCCCAAAGACAAACAUCUCCAAAAUGCAGUGGAAGCUCUCAUACUGCACAAAAGAUCCAAGGUGACCUUCCUGCUCACUGAGGACCCCAGCAGGACUGGAGGAGUGAAAACAGGCACGGGGAGGAAAAGGAGGGAGUCUCUCUCUCCUGAUCGGUUCUCAAUCUACACCAAUUUGUCUGCCAUCUCAGGAGGCCUGACUGUCUUCAGUACGGAUAAGGAGAUACAAGACGUCUCCGUCCUCAUUCAGGACAAUACUGUCUCCGCUGGGGUAACUCUGCUUCAUAUUGAGAAAGAUUCCCCCAGUCUCGCAUCUUCCUAUAUCUUCUAUGUUGAUCCUGCAGUGAAGAACAUCAUCAUUCAUAUUUCAGGGGAGUUGAUGGAUUUCACGAUCUACGACCCUUCAGGUGAAUCCCAGUACCUGUUCAACAAGCGUGGGGAUUUAGCAGUGAUUGAGUGCUUUGUGGGGUUUUGUAGAGUCAGCCUUCUGUCACCAACCCCCGGCGAGUGGAGGAUAAAGAUCGUGAAUCGGGGCACUAUCAGGGUGAAUGUCUUAGGCCAAAGCACCAUUGACUUCCUGUACCACUUUGCAGUACCAGCCAAUGGCAGCCACCCUGGGCUCUCCAGAUUGGAAGGCCGACCAGCAUCAGGUGUCCCAACCUUUUUGGUGUUGGCAGUCACUGGCUUGUCUACUGACAGCGCUGUGACAUUUAGUCAUGUGACUCUGCUGGGAGCCAAUGGGGAGAGCCUUGAGAGAGUGACGCUCAAUGCCACAGACACUGGAGGAGAGUUCAUUGGUGAGGUCGCAACAUUACCCAGCCAACCCUUCUCUGUGAAAAUGACAGGAAAUGACAACGAGGGUAACAUCAUAGAGCGGGCAUCUGCAGAACUGAACCAUGUGGCACAAGUACUGAUCCAAGUCCCCACAGCUCCUACCCUGUAUCCUGGGAAAAGUGCCCACCUCUGGGUAAACAUCUCAAAUUCUGGAGCCACCAGGGAGUUUGUCGUCAUGGUUACAGACGAUAGGAAGUUUGUGAAAUCAUGGACCCCUGACCGGCUAUCUGUGGCUCGAAACCGGACAUCCCAAGUGCAGAUAGACCUGACUACUCCAGUCGGAGCAGAGCUGGGUAGCGUGGUCAGUGUGUGCGUGACUGUCGAGGCUGCGGACAGGAGUGACCUCAACUUUGCUGUUCUGCACCUAAGUGUAGCAGAUCCGAAUCCUGACCUGCUUCCCCCCUCCUGUAUUCAGUCUGUAGUAAGAGACUCCUGCCCCUCUCUCUCACAAAAAUCCUGCAGUCAAGCCUCCUGGUCCACCAAUCUCCUCUUCAGCGACCAGGGGCACUCUGGGAUAGCAGGCAUGCAGCUUCAGCAGGGCCAGGGUUUGCUCAACCUCACCGGGGAUCCUGGGAAACAAGGGGUGCAACUCCGGAAAGGUCAAGGCAGACUGAACCUAACAGGACUGGACAUGGGGGCUGAAGUAGUCGGCACCUACACCUCAAACUGCUGUUCCCUGAAGGCAGAGCUCUUCUUGUGGGAUACAGCAGGCAAUCAGGGCCUCUGCAGUAUCUUAGUUCACCAGCAGAGGGCAUCAGGGUAUAUACACACAGCUUCCAGGAUUCAAACUCUGUUUACCAUGCUCCUGUUUCAUAUUGGAGGGCUACUGCUUCAGCUAGUGACCUGAUGGGGUCUAUUUUAUCUAAGCAGUGGACUGAAAUACUGCAGUCUUUACCUCUUUGUUAAUCUUGCUCUGUUUCCCCACCCCGAGGUUAUUAAUCAUCAUUGUAAGGGCAACUUAUUUGUUUAAUUCUGCAGUAUAUUUUUUUUCUGUAAAGGAAAACUAGAAAAAAAGAAAAAUGAAAAUUGCUUAUGAACAUGUUUUAUACACAUUGAUAUGUAAAGUUUAUGUUUGAAAUGGUUUCCCUUGUGCAAUUAUCACGCUGUGCAACUUAGUCACCCAAACGCCAUGCCUGCCAUGAAUAUAUUGGACUUAAGGUAAUAGUUACUUACUAAGUACAUUGUAAUUAUGUGUAAGUACACAUAUAUUUACUAUGUAACUACUAUGUAAAUACACAGUGAUUAGAGACUUUUCAUGUAAAGUAUUACCCAAAACUGGAUAUUGAAACUUAGGGAACCUGAAUAUUUUUGAUACCUCUCUGUAUAUAAUAAUAAUAAUAAUAAUAAUAAUAAUAAUAAUAAUAAUAAUAAUAAUAAUAAUAAUAAUAAUAAUAAUAAUAAUAGAUUCAAGAGAUUUCAUGAGCUGCAUAAUUAAAAAUUAAGCAAGCUUGAACCCAAGGCACUAGCAUUUGUCAUUAAAUAACAUAUAUUUCCUUUCUAAUGGGAAUGGAGAAUGGUUAUUGCUCAAUGAAUGAAUCAAGCCCUGUGCCACUGAACUCAAAGCACAGGCGAGGAAGAAACAAAGCAAAAGAACAAUACACAUCUCCAGUAGAAAGACUCCAAAAUACAUUUAUAACACACAUUCAAAAUCAAAUUUAAAUGAAGCAAUCGCAGUAAUGGAUGUGUCAAUAUGCCAAUGCAUGUGUUGCUGUAUACAGAAGUCACCCUGUGCAUAGAACAGCACCACAUACUGUGCAUUAAAUGUUAAAAGAUUUGUGUAUGAUUUAUAAUAAGAUAAUACAUUGUCUAUACAGUGUGACACUGUACACAUAAUGUAUUCACUUAAUGUAAAAGAAAGUUACCCAAGAAAGGUAAACACCAGUAUUCUUACCUUUUCCAAAAGAUAAUCAAGGCAGUUAAAAUGGGAAACCAAUAGAGUGUGUGUGUGUGUGUGUAUAUAUUUACAUUUAUUGUUGAAGAAAUUCCCAUAGAUUGAAUGGCAGACUCUCUCACAAUUGUUAUAAACACACUUUAUAUUGCAAUGUAUGUUUAGUUAAUAGUAAGGAUCUUACGGUGUGUACCAUCUCAAAUAUGAGCACAGACCCUUCUUAAUUAUCACUGGCACAGCACUUAGAAGUUUGAGCUAAUAUCAUGGCAUGCUGCCCACAGCCAAUGCAUACUCGUGAAGGCAAUGAAUCUCACAUCACAAUCAGCCAGUUUCUUUAUAUCCCUUACAGCUCACAACUGUACUAAAUAAUCACACCCCUAAAACAGCUUUUCACUCUUCUUUUUGAUAAAUCAAUUUUUAAAAUCAACAUUUAUUUUUGAGAGACUUUACCAUGUCUUUUUCAACAUUGUGAUUUAAAUGAACUAAUUGAUAUUAAAGAACCCUAUUGUAUACCCAAAGCCAUUUGCCCCUCCCCAAUGUCUGAGAAGCAUGUUUCCUUGAACAAUGGGUAUAGUUUUAUAAUGCUGUCAUGCCAGCAUGGUCCUGUAUACAGCACAGUGAGAAUCUACACAAUUUACAUAGAAAUAAUUCACCACAGAAACAGACAGAACUGACCCAGAAGCCAUAGCACUGCUCCUGGAAG